ACUCUCUGGGCCACUCCAGGAAGAGCUGUAUUCCCGGGUGCAGGUGCUAGGUAAUACGUGUGGCAACUUGCCUGGCCACACAACACACCGGGGAGCUAGACGCAGCCCACUUGCUCCCGGAACCCUGUAGAAAGUAGCGGACAAACCGGAAGGAGCCCCAGACCACUUCUGAAUACCAGAGAGAAAGGGACAAGGUCUCAGCCAUGCAACAAGCAGCUCCCAGCAGCCUCCUCUUGGCCUGUAGCCUGGCCUUGGCACCUUUCCUCGCAGUCUCCUGGGAGAUUAAAAUAAAUGACCUCGAUGAGAAGGAUGUUAAUAAAUUCCAGUCCAAUGGCUAUAAGUGUCCAACAUGCUUUGCUGUGAUGGGAAGAAAGUGUAACUCCGAUCUCAAGUGGUGCCGAGCAGAUAAACUGCAGUGUGUUGAAUUUUCUGGCAUCAUAAACACAGGUCUUAAAGACAUGGCUAUUGAAGUGAAAAGAUGCAUACAAGCAGAUCUGUGCAAAGAGACGGUAACUUAUAUGAGUUUUCCAAUUGCUAACCAGAGUAAAAAUUGCAGACCAGCCAUCAGCAGUGGGACCAGGAUCAGACCCCUACCUCCCAUCAUCUUUAUUCUCUUCCUGGAGAAGCUGCUUUAUUGAGCUCCUGCAGGGGCCCAGCCAUCUCCAUUUUUGAAUUAAACGGGUCCUUUUUUGGUUUAUGAAUUCUUUCAUGUCUAUUAAAUUUUCUAUUGGUG